UCCGCACACCCCAUCAUGGCGCUGAGGCGGCCGGCGCUGCUCCUGCUCCUGCCUCUGCUCGGCUGCAGACUCUUGGCUGUGGAACUGACAUCCAGCAACACCAAGCCCGUGGUGCAGGAGUUCCAGAGUGUGGAGCUGUCCUGCAUCAUCAAAUCCACCGUGACACCCGAUCCCAGGAUCGAGUGGAAGAAAAUCCGAGAUGGAGAAACCUCUUACGUCUUCUUUGACAAUAAAAUGCAGGGAGACUUUGCCACUCGUGCAGAAAUUCUGAGCCGGACGUCGCUGGUGAUUAAGAACACGACCCGGAUGGACACGGCCACGUACCGCUGCGAGGUGGCAGCGCCUUCUGACACCAAAACCAUCGAUGAGAUCAACAUCCAGCUCACAGUCCAAGUGAAACCUAUGACUCCUAGAUGCAUUGUGCCUAAAGCUGUACCUGUUGGCAAGUCAGCCUCUCUUCACUGCCAUGAGAAUGAAGGUUACCCAAAGUCCACUUACAGCUGGUACCGCAACAGUGAGCCGUUAUCACCGGACAUGAAAUCCAAUGCCAAGCUCCACAAUUCCUCCUACACCUUGAACCCCACCACAGGCACUCUGGUCUUCCAUGCUGUGCACAAAGGCGACACAGGGCGUUACUCCUGCAUAGCGACAAACGAUGCCGGCUUUGCCAAGUGUGAGGAGCAGGAGAUGGAAGUCUAUGACCUCAAUAUUGGUGGGAUAAUUGGUGGAGUGCUGGUGGUCCUGGCAGUUUUGGUGCUCAUCACGCUUGGCAUCUGCUGUGCCUACAGAAGAGGGUACUUUGCAAACAGCAAAGAGAGUGGGGAAAGCUACAAGACUCCAGCAAAACCCGAUUGCGUCAACUACAUCCGGACAAAUGAUGAGGGUGACUUCAGACACAAGUCUUCAUUUGUCAUAUAAGACGCCAAAAGAAUACUGCAAACCAGCGAAAGCAAGUGUGAAAAUACCUCCUCCAGGAACUCAAAGCGAGAGCAAAAGAAUUAAGUGUGCUUGGAAGAGUUUGGAACACACAAGAACUUGAUAGCUAGCUAUCUGUAUAUCCUUUUUUUCUUUGCCAAAGUUUAAAGUAACUCCUCACUGCCCAACUUGCAUCUCCCCUGCCUCCGGAGAUACCGACAGGACCACUGAAACCUGUCCUUGGACUAAGGAAGCGUUUUAAUCCUUCCCAAGAGACUGGGCUGUGGAAGUUUGUGGAAUUGCCUUCUAUUUGUGCUGCAGGGACACAACCACAACGUGCAAAGCAACCAGGGGAACAGUGUUAGGUAAAUGUGUAGUAGGCAUUACUAGUAGAUAAAAAAACAAAGGUGCUGACACAGCAAUAGGUGGACUUCAAAGAACAAGAUUUAUCCAUGCAAGAGGGAAUCUUCCUCUCAGCAGCUUGUUGCCCAAGCCUGGCCUGUGACUUUUACACCUUUGUGAUUGUCUGGCACUUUGGACUCCAAGUGCUGAGGUGCAGAACAGGGUGUCUGAAUAGUCUGCAGUGACAGAAAUUGAUACAGUAAAUGCAACUAAAUGUCCUCAGCCCUUUUGCAAACUUACUGACUCGCCCUUACUCCCCUUCCCCUGAGCCAUGGGCAGCGUCAGGCCGGGAUUGCUGCUGUUCACUGCUUUACAGACAGCUCCCUGUAAGCAGGUAACCCCUCAUCCUAAUCUGCACAAAGCAGGCUUGCCUCUUGUGUCUUUUGGUGUUUUAAAGAGGCUUCCAGUGGAGGCAGAGGACCUAGUGCUAAGACACCCUUUUCAGGAAAAUUAAAGCCAAAUACUUCCAGGGCCUAAGAUAGCCACAAAAGGUACUGAGACAGCUUCCAGCUUUUUUUACCUUCUCCAUUUGUUUUAUAAAACCCCACCUUCUAAAUUUUUUGCAAAGAUCUAUUUUGAUUACUUCAGAAAAGGUAACAUUUCUAUUUAAAGUGUAAAUACGUGAUGCCAGCAGCGUUUCAGUAACGUGGCUAUUUUUUUACUUCCUAAGCUACAGAGAGGAGCUCAACUGUCUCCCCAGUGGGACACUGUCAGGAGCAUAUCAGUAUUACUGCAAAGUGUAAUAAAAAACUGCAGGUGGAACAGCAGCUCUUUCCUCUUAAGCUAGCUUCAGCAAUUUCCUUGUCACAAGAGGUCUUACCAGACACAGAAGAGAGUCACUCAGGGAUAGUUUUUGUACAUUUAUGGCAGGAGCUAUCAACUUUUUUAUAUGUAGAACUUCAGUUUUCUUGCCAGUGACCAACACUUGGUUUUUGUUGUUGCAAGCAAUAGCCAGGGAUGGCUUUUGGAUUGAGUUCCAACAAGGGUGACAGAGUGACUUCAACAUUUGCUACCCCUCUGCAAGUUCCCUAAAGCACUAACAAAGUGUGACAGCUACGGCAACCUUACAGGUUUAAGCUGCAUAGCCAACUGUUUCUGGAGUUGGGGAAGCAAAAGCUCAAAACAAAAGCACUUUUGUAGUGUCAGUUGCAACUUUUCUCUAGAUGGUAAAUAAGAAAACAAAUCUAGUUCUCUUGGCUUUAGAGAGAAGAACUGGAAACACGUGUUUCCCAGAAACAUCCACGGUGAGAGUGUUGAACAGCACUGGGAAAUAAAAGACUGCAAGAUGUGGAUGCAACACUAGAACUGUGCUGUGGUUGAAGAAUGUUUUUUUUUAAUGUAGCAUAAUUUAGUGUUCUUGUAUUUCCAAUUUGAAUUGAGUUGUCUUAACUUUUCCUGUAUACAGUAUUUUGGAUACUUGACGAUUUGGACUGUCAGUGUUAUUUUUUAGUGUUCUGCAUUAAUCUGCUUUGUUUCCUUGGGACCUCGCUGGAUAUGCCAUUGCUGCAUUUGGUUUGCCUAUGCAAAGUGUUACCACUUCUCCUUUUGCUAAUCAAAGUGGAAAAAAAAAGGAUGGGGCAGCAAUAAGCAUCAGUUCUGUCUUGCCACUACACUAUGGUUACCUUCUUAAGUCAUGCUCUUCAACCAAGCCACGUGGUACUGCUCGUUGGCUGCACACUGCCUCUAAUCAUUACGACAGCAGCGAGUGUAACAUUCCUUUGCACCUUCUGUACAUCCACUGCUCCUUUCCUAUGCUGCUUGUAGAACUCUUGUAAUAAGGGAGAGAAAGAAGAGGUUUGAAUCAGGGUAGCUGUGGGCACCAUGGGAGCACAAUCUACAGUCUCAGCACGAGCCAAAGGCAGCCUUCAUGUGAAAAGCCAGCGAGCUAAAAGCUCUUAUUUUUCAGUUCUAAAAUGUGACAGUGGCAUCUCUAACGAGAGAAGGGGAGAUGAUCCCCCUGAUAGAGCUCACGAGAUCUGAUGGAUGGAACUCAUUGUUAUCAUUGUGAAUAAGAUUCAGGUUUGUACUAAUGUAUGACGUUUAACUUUGCCAAGAAGGUUUUACAUAAAUAC